AUGGGGGAGCUUAAAAACUUCUUAGGACUAGAACAUGAUCAUACAAAGGAAGGGUUGUUCCUCUGCCAACAAAAGUAUACAAGAGAUAUACUUCAAAAGUGUGGCAUGUUGGAGUGUAAGCUAGUAUCAACACCAAUAGAGGCAAAUGCCAAGAUAUAUGCUCAUGAAGGAAAAAAGUUGGACGAUGGAACGAUGUAUCGAAAACUAGUAGGUAGUCUUAUCUACCUAACUUUAUCUCGACCUGACAUUGCUUAUGCAGUUGGAGUUAUGAGUCGACACAUGCAAUUUCUGAAGAAAACUCAUUUGGAUGCUGCCCGACGGAUCUUGAGAUAUGUCAAAGGAGACCAUGAUACCCAAAGAUCAAUAAAUGUGUAUGUGUUCAAGCUCGGGUUGGAACAAUUUCGUGGUGUAGUAAAAGACAACCAACAGUAUCAUUGUCAACAACGGAAGAGGAUAAAAGCAGCGGCCGUAACAACUCAAGAAAGUAGAUGGUUGGUACUCCUAAUGGAGGACAUACAUCAAAAAGUUGACUGUGCGGUACCACUUCACUGCGACAAUCAAUCUGCAAUUCGGCUGGUAGAAAAUCUAGUAUUUCAUGCUAGAACAAAGUAUGUGGAAGUGAAUUAUCACUUUAUCAGAGAGAAUGUCUUGAAGGAAGAAAUUGAGAUGCGACAGAUCAAGACCGAUGACCAAAUAGCAGACUUGUUCACCAAAGGGCUGAGUACUGGAAAAUAUGUGAAAGUUUUCUCUGUCAGCUUAACAUGGUACGGAGAAUCGAGAUACCUUAAAGGUACUAAGAGCCUCGGAAUCUGGUACCCAGCAAAUGAGAGCUUCUUACUUCAAGAAUAUUCAGAUUCAAACUAUGGUGGUCUACAACUUGACAGGAAAACUACAUUAGGAGGUUGUCAAUUUUUAGAUGGUCGAUUGGUUAGUUGGUCAUCCAAGAAACAUAACUGUAUUGCACUCUCUACAACUGAAGCUGAAUACAUUGUUGCUAUCAGCUAUACCUCUCAAGUUCUAUGGAUGAAGUCUCAACUUCUGGAUUAUGGUUACCGCUUUCAAUGA